UAAUUAAACGACAGUAUACGAUUUCCUGCCAUACCGCGCGCCAACCUGCCAUUUAUCACUUUGAUAAAUACGCGCUCCUGGCCACAUAAAUUCAAUAACAUGUACCUGCAGGCGAGCAAGCAAAGCAAAGCUUCGGUGACUGUGGUGCACAGCGCACAGAAUCACACAACACAUAUACACAGCGACAACUGGACGAUCGUGUCGCCCAUUCAGCUAAGCCGCCUUGAUGUACUGUAAUCUAAUGCAAAUCUGGCGAGCGAUUGCUACACUUCGACAAACACACACACACGUAUGAGAGGCUGGAUUGCUGCAAAUAUAUGCUCAUUUUUGAUAAUGUCACACAUACACACGGCGCGCGUUUGCAACACACCUCAAAGCGCGCGUUUGUUCGCUGCUCGUGCGCGUUGGUGCACGUUAUGUGUGUUUAAAUCAAACUGAGUAGUAUUUAAUAAAUUAAUUCCUGUUGUUGUCGUUCGCUGAGACAACUGAGACAUCUAUCACGGCGACCGCGCACCGCCAACGUCACCUCCAACGCCACCAGCACACGCUAUGAACAGCUGAACGAGUUGAGAGUCUCAUACUCAAUGCGCUGCAAUUGGAGUCGUUCACGUGUGUGCUCAGUUCGCGUAUAACACCUACAAAUGGCAAGCAAAACAAUUUAUAAAAUAGUGUCAAGCGGUUGACGGCUGGUUUUCACACAGCAACAGCAACAGCAACAGCAAAACGGCGGAACAAAGCAGGCACACACAUACGCGCCGCGCAGAUUUUUUUCAACAACUUGUGUGUGACCGGUGAUUUCCGUCGAUUUGCUGGGCUUCCUGUCACCGCCAUUGUUGUUGCAUUGCGUUGCUUCAAGCGCGUGUGCUAAGUGCAAAAAAGUGUAACGACUCAGCAACAAUACAACAACAACAAAGUGAACCUUAAACCCACAACAGAAAAAGAAAAAGUGAAAAUCGAAAACUAGCUUUUAGGCUGACGGACGACGUCGUACCCUCAUCAUCAUAAAUUACCCAAAGUAUAUUUAUAAAAGUGCAGAAUAGUUGAAGCAUAGAGUACAACGAGUGUUGUUAUUGUAUUAGUGUAUUAAUGUGUGGCUCAUACAGUGAACAGUGAAAAUGUCUGAGCGACGGACGGGAAUAAAAUGAAACCAAUUGCCAGAACUUAUCGCGUUGGGUACACUAAUGGCUGCGAGUUUGCGCAUUCCACAGCGAAUAGAAACCGAACAGCAGCAGCAACAGCAACAACAAAGCGAGCAACACAUCAAGCAGCAACUAAGUGUUUACAACAACCAAACGAGGCAAAAACGUGAGCGAAUUCCAGAAGGUGCAAACAACAAGCAGCAGCAGCAGCGUAAAGCAAUUGGCCGACGAGUAGACAGCAUACCACAUACAUCACAACAAAACCAACAAUUGCAACAACAACAAACGCAUAAUAAACAACAGUUGAAAAGUGUAAAGGACCGCCAUUUGGCAGUCUUCAACGGCGCAGUCACAUUAUGACGCGCUGCAGCAACGCAAAGUAUUUGCCUGCAGACGUUGCGCACAGCGCUGGCCGACGACGCGGACAAGCCGUCGAACUGGUCACGGCCACGGCAGACGCAAAUUCGAGCGCCGCGGUGUGCACUUACAGCAUGACAAAUCAGCCAAAUUGUAACGAUAUCUUCAUUUCUGCGAUUGCCACAAAUGUCAGCGGCACAACCACCAUACACAGACACAGCGGGCGCCCGGGCGUUAGUUUCCCUUUUGCCACAACGGCAGCAACACGUGCAACAAAGCGCGCCGCAAAGCCGCGUACAUUAACAGCGGCUCCUUUCCCAGCCGACUCUUUGGCUGCACUCGAAGUCAAUGCAUCGAAAGAAUUUCAAAACGUACAAAAAGACUGCAAAAUUACGCCACAAAAGCACAUAGCGCGCAUGCAACCGGCUGCACCGCAUCAUCGACAACAUAAUUUAGUCUUAAGCAAAGUUGUGCCACUUAUUUGCCUGAUAUUGGCUGUCUGCGCUUGGCCAACACCAUGUCAUAGCCAGCGUCAACCAGCGGGCGCGUAUGGUACGUCGGUAUUUGGUCCGAGUGCGUCUGGGCCUAUAGCUCACUACAGCGUAUUGGCGUUUCCACGUCGCCGCUCGUCGGCGGGCGCUGAUGGUGUCACCGGGCUGAUGCAGUCGCGUGCGGUGGACACAAGCGCGCAGUUUGAAGUGUUGGAGGGUCAGCCGCGCGGUACAGUCGUUGGUUUCAUACCGACCAAACCCGAUUUCACUUACCGUUUCAAUGAGCCGCCACGUGAAUUCACGCUCGACCAGGUUACUGGCGAGAUUAAGACCAAUCUGGUGUUGGACCGUGAAGGCAUGCGCGAUCGUUACGACUUAGUGGUGCUCUCCUCACAGCCCACUUAUCCAAUCGAGGUACGCAUUAUUGUGUUGGAUUUGAAUGAUAAUGCGCCGGAGUUCCCUGAGCCCAGCAUAGCGGUUUCGUUCUCCGAGAGUGCGGCUACUGGCACACGCCUACUGCUGGAUGCCGCCACCGAUCGGGAUAUUGGUGAGAACAGCGUGACGGAUGAUUAUCGUAUUGUGGAUGGCAAUGUGGAGGAUAAAUUUCGUUUGGCCGUAACAACGAACCCGAGUGGCGAUGUGUCGUAUCUGCAUUUGGAAACGACAGGCAAUUUGGAUCGUGAAACAUGCGGUUUUUACCAGUUGAACAUAUCGGCGCGUGAUAGUGGCGAUCCACCGAAAUACGGUUACUUACUGGUCAAUGUUACAAUUGUCGAUGUCAACGAUAAUCCACCAAUAUUCGAUCACAGCGACUAUAUUGUCUCGCUGAAUGAGUCCGUGCCGCCCGGCACACCUGUGCUACAAGUAAUGGCCUCCGACAAUGAUCUGGGUGAUAAUGCCAAAAUCACUUACUACUUGUCCGACACCGAACAACAAUUUACAGUAGAUCCCGAAACCGGCGUCAUAUCAACCACCGAACUGCUGAAUUGUCCGCAACAGAACUGCCAGACCUACGCACGACCGGGCGCGAGCUGUCCGAAGAGUUGUGUCUUUACGGUAUUCGCGCGCGAUCACGGCUCUCCGCGUCAAGAUGGACGUACGUACGUUACGGUUAAUCUGGUAGACACGAACGAUCACGAUCCGGUCAUACGAUUCCAGUACUUCCCACCGACUGGCACAUUCGCCACCGUAGAUGAGAAUGCGGCAAACGGUAGCGUGGUUGCUGCGGUUUCUGUGGUCGAUAUGGACGAGGGACUGAACGGCGAGACAAGUUUACGCAUUAUAUCUGGCAAUGAGUUGGGUCACUUUCGCUUGGAGAAGACACCGUCGUUUGAUAUUGUGCGCGUUAAUGGUGUGUUGGAUCGUGAGGAAAUUGGCAAGUACAAUUUGACAGUUGUCGCCAUCGAUAAAGGCUCACCGCCGCGCACAGCAACUGCACACCUAAUUAUCCAUGUCAACGAUGUCAAUGAUCAUGAGCCCGUCUUUGAGAAGUCUGAGUAUUCGGCUGUGCUCAGUGAACUGGCACCGCCGGGCACGUACGUGGCCUCCAUUACGGCCACCGAUGAGGACACCGGUGUUAAUGCAUUGAUUUCAUAUGAUUUUGUUUCUGGCAAUAAUAAACAAUGGUUUGCCAUCGAUCCGACGUCCGGUUUGAUAACAACACAGGCGGCAUUGGAUCGCGAAGUGCAAGACAGCGUCGAACUAAGCAUUUCUGCACGUGAUGGCGGUCCGAACCCGAAGUGGGCGUACACACAACUAAAGGUGACCAUACUGGAUGAAAACGAUGAGGCACCGCAAUUCUCGCAACAACACAUCAACGUUACGCUGAGUGAGAAUACGCCGCCGCAGACAUUGGUCGCCAUGCUAACUGCCGCCGAUCACGAUCAGGGCACUAACGGCUCGGUGACAUACACACUGGCGAGCAGUGUGGAGCGCAAGUAUCCGCAACAAUUUGCGCUCGAUUCGCUCACUGGCCAAUUAACGACGCGCAGCGUACUUGAUCGUGAGACAAUUGCGCAUUAUGAGAUUUUUGUGAUCGCACGCGAUCAGGGUGCACCACCACAAUCGGCCACGGCUACUGUUUAUCUUAAUGUGGAGGAUGUCAACGACAACAGCCCAGUGUUCUAUCCCCGUGAUUAUUUUUAUGCGUUGCCCGACGAUGCGGGCGACAACCACCAGCCACUAUUGAAAGUCACUGCCAGCGAUCGUGAUGCGGGCGAUAAUGCCUUAAUUACCUACCAACUGGAGUCAGGUGGCGAUGGGCAUUUCGUCGUCGAUACAUGGAGUGGUGCGAUAACGUUGCGCGCCGGCAGCUCCGAUAUACGCCAGUCGCCGAAGGCACUUUACAAGUUGAAAAUUUCGGCAAAGGAUCGCGGUGAACGGCGUAGCGAACAAGAUGCAUUGGUCGAGAUUGUGUUGCAAUCCAAAAUGGAGUUGCUCGAGUUCGACUCAUAUGGCAGUUAUGAGUUCCAAAUUGUGGAAGAUCAUGAACAACAACAGGCGGACGAGGGACGUGAGGUGGGUCGGGUUCAGGUGAAGUCACAUGCUGGUAAAUCGACAUUGCCACCCAACAUUGAGUACACGAUUGUCUACGGCGAUGCCGAUGAGAAUUUUGCUGUGGACCGGCGCACCGGUCGUAUUCGUACAGCGCACCGCAUUGAUCGUGAAGAGCUGGCGCAGUACCAGCUCACGGUGGUGGCGCGCACUGGGCUGGCGUACGGCAAAUGUAUGGUGAGCAUUGCAAUUGCUGAUUUGAACGAUAAUGCGCCGAUCUUUGCACAAGAUCGUGACGGUGAGAUACAGUUGCCCGAGAACGCGGCUGUCGGUCAAGAGGUUUACUUGUCACGCGCACGUGAUCGCGAUUCGGGCAUGAAUAGCCGUGUCACCUACACGCUCACCUACAAUCCCGAAGAGCAGUUUCGCAUUAGCGAAUCAACGGGCGUACUGCAAUUGCAACGUCCGGUGCGCGCUGCACCCGGCACACUGCUGCAUGUAGAGCUGAUGGCCACAGAUGGUGGCACGCCGCCACUGUCAACGCGACAUACCAUCGAUGUGCUCAUCGCCGAUGUCAACGAUCAUACACCUGUGUUCGAUCACACAUCGUACGAAACAUCGCUAAGCGAGUUGACCAAAGUGAAUGCGCGCUUCUUUGCGCUAGCCGCCAGUGAUGCGGAUCUUGGCGCAAACGGUCGCAUCUCAUACGAAAUAAUCGAGGGCAAUACAGAGCGGAAGUUCGGUGUCUUUCCCGAUGGUUAUUUAUUUGUGCGCGCGCAGCUAGAUCGCGAAGAGCGCGACUAUUACGCGCUAACAGUGGCCUGCCGUGAUGGCGGUGUGCCGGCGCGUUCCUCUGUGGUGCCGGUAAUCAUACAUGUCAUCGAUGAAAACGACAAUGCGCCACGGUUCACAAAUAGUACCUUCACCUUUAGCAUCGCGGAAAAUGAGCCGGCCGAUUCGUUUGUCGGCAAGCUAACGGCAAUGGAUCGUGACAUUGGACGCAAUGCAGAGUUGAUUUAUGCUCUGGCAACGCAGGAGCAAGACUUCAGCAUUGAUAUGCGUAAUGGUUUCAUCAAGACGCUGCAUCCAUUCGAUCGCGAGGAGCUCGUACAGCGGCGCACCAGCAUUGGUGUGGGUGGACAAUCCGGCGCACAGACAAGUAUUGGCACGGCGGGCGUAGGCGACGGCAAUAACAAUGGUAAUAACUACGUACUAUUGGAAGCCAUCGUUUCGGAUAAUGGUGUGCAACGCUUGCACGACAAGGUCAAAGUGAAGAUAAUCAUAACCGAUGUCAAUGACAACGCGCCGCAGUUUGUGCGCGCUCCAUACCGCGUGCAGAUAUCUGAAGGCGCUGCUGUGGGCACACAAGUAAUGCGCGUUUACUCGAUUGAUGCAGACGAGGGUCUAAAUGGCGACGUUUACUACUCACUUAUCGAUGGCAACGAAGAGGAGCGCUUCAUUAUGGACGAUGCUACCGGUCAAUUGUCAUUAGCGCGUUCGCUCGACCGCGAGCAGCAGUCCACAUACAAGCUGACGGUGGUAGCACGCGAUGCAGGUGUGAAAGUGCAGCUGAGCACCAACACUACAAUCACAGUUGAGGUCUUGGAUGAGAAUGAUGUGGAGCCGCAGUUUGCGCAAACAGCCAGUGAGGUGUCUGUGUUGGAGACGAGCGGUAUCGGUACGGAAUUGAUGCGCUUCCACGCGACAGAUUCGGACUUGGGCGUCAACAGUCAGGUGACCUACAGCAUCACAGGCGGCAACCGUAAGGACACUUUCCAUAUCGAUGCCAUUUCGGGUAGUCUGUAUUUGCACAAACCGCUUGACUAUGAGGAAACUACCGUUUACAACCUGAAUAUAACAGCCGCUGAUGGCGGCACGCCACGCCUCUCGCACACCAUCGUCUUCACUGUGAAUGUAGUGGACGAGAACGAUAAUCCACCGAGUUUUCCGAAUACAGCCAUUGUGCGGCAAAUCAAGGAGGGUAUUGCAAUCAAAACCCCCAUUGUCACUGUAACUGCAGAGGAUCCAGAUUCCGGCUUGAAUGGCAAAGUCACAUAUUCGAUUACAAAGCAAGACCCCGAACAACCGGGUGGUCGCCACUUUGGCAUCAACACCGUAACCGGUGUCAUACACACACUACGUGAAAUCGAUCGCGAGAGCAUCGACACCUUCCGUUUGACCGUCGUCGCCACCGAUCAAGCGGAAUCGCCUGAACCACAACUAUCCGCCGAAAAGCUGGUGACCGUCAUCGUCGAAGAUAUCAACGAUAACGCACCCAAUUUCGUAUCCAUGAACGCCGCAAUUCUGCCAAUGCAGACGGCCACCUCACAAAGUCAUUACUACCGCGACGGCGUGCCAGUGAUGCAUGUGCAUGCACGCGAUGCCGAUUCCUCCAGCAACGGUUUGGUCACUUACGAAAUGGUUAGCGGUAAUAUGGAGCUCUUCAAGUUGCAUCGCAACACGGGCGCCAUAACGCUGCGCAAAGUCAUUGAUCAUCCUGAGGUGCGUUAUCAGUUGGCUCUGAAAGCGACCGACGAGGCGGUGCAGAGUGAACGUAAAAGCACCGAUGCUUACAUAACGAUCAUAACGACGGGCACGGCGUCGGGUCCCACCUUCGAUCAGCGCGAGCAAAGCGGUUCGGUGUACGAAAAUGAGCCGACCGGUACCAGUAUACUGACUGUGAGCGCACGCCUAGAUGGCGCCGAAAUCGAAUAUUACGUGACCAAUGUGACGGCCAUUGGCGCGAGUGCGCGUACGGGUUCGGUACAACAAGUCGAUCGGCUGUUUGAUAUCGAUACGAAACUGGGUAUUUUAUCAACGGCGAAGGAGUUGGAUCGCGAAGCAGGACCAGACACCUAUGAAGUGGAAGUUUAUGCCAUCGCGUUGGGUGGUGCGCCACGUACAACGAACACUAAGGUCACCGUUAAAGUGUUGGACAAAAACGACAGUCCGCCUGUAUUUCGUGACACCCCGCUCUCUUUCAACGUUAGCGAAGACUUGGGCGCUGGCCAUCACAUAGCCACAAUACGCGCCUCCGAUCCCGACACGCUGGGCUCACUCACCUUUAGCCUGAUUGGCGGUGGCGAUGAGAAGUUUCUGCUGGAACCUGAGACCGGGCGGCUGUAUUUGAAAGAUGCACUCGAUCGUGAGUUGAAGGAUAAAUAUGUGUUGCAGUUGCGUGUUGCCGAUGGAGUGCAAAGUACUGAUACGACGGCAGAAGUUUUGGUCACCGACACCAAUGAUAAUCCACCGAUUUUCGAUGAACCUGUUUACUCUUUUGACAUACCCGAGAACGCCCCACGUGGCUAUCAAGUUGGUAUUAUCGCCGCCACCGAUCCGGAUUUGGGUGAUAAUGCGCUCGUUUCAUAUACCGUCAUCUCGGAUUGGGCCAAUGAUGUAUUUAGUUUGAAUCCACAGACGGGCGUAUUCACACUGACAGCACGUUUGGAUUAUGAAGAGGUGCAACACUAUAUACUUGUGGUGCAAGCUCAAGAUAAUGGACAUCCCAGUCUCUCCACCACAUUGACCGUGUAUUGCAAUGUGUUGGAUUUGAAUGAUAAUGCGCCUAUAUUCGAUCCGAUGAGUUACUCGAAUGAGAUCUAUGAAAAUGUAUCGAUUGGCACACCGAUUGUAACGGUCACAGCGACGGAUAUUGACUCAGGCGAUAACGGGCGCAUCGAGUACGCGAUUACGUCGGGCGAUGAUAAUAACGACUUUGAAAUUGCUGCCAACGGUACGAUACGUACACGCCGUGAACUUGAUCGAGAAACGAAAAGUUCAUAUAAUUUAAUUGUAACCGCAAGAGAUUGUGCUAAAGAAUUUCCAACAACAACAAACGUGUACAAUGAAGGUGACUACGCGCAGCAACAGCCACAAUUGCAGCAGCAUCAUCAACAGCAGCAGCAGCGACGUCAACGUCAACACCGGCAGCAACAAUAUGUGGAGCAACAACCGCAACAACGUCUAUCAUCAACAGUACAGGUCACCAUCGUCUUGAAGGACGUCAACGAUGAGGCACCCAGCUUCACGUCGCCCAACGAAACAAGUGUGCUCGAAAAUAUUGCACCCAACACUGUUGUAAUGGUAGUUAAAGCCAUCGAUCGCGAUGAGGGUCGCAACGGUUACAUCGAAUACUUGCUCGAUGGCAAAAAAUCGACCGCCUUAAACCUUGAUUAUGACGACGAAAACAGUGUACCCUUCACUUUGGGCGCUGUGGACGGGUUACUACGCGUGGCCGGACGCUUGGAUCGUGAGCUCCGCUCAAGUUACUUACUCAAUGUGACCGCACGUGAUCGUGGCGAACCGCCGCAGUCUACACAUACGCAGAUCACCGUGCGCAUACUGGACGAAAACGACAAUAGUCCCGUCUUCGAUCCGAAACAGUAUUCUGCAUCGGUGCCGGAGAAUGCCAGCAUUGGCGCAAUGGUGUUGCAAGUCGCCGCAACCGAUAUAGAUGAGGGCGCCAACGGACGGGUACGCUUCUCAAUCGCUGCCGGCGAUGAUAACCGCGACUUUAGCAUCAGCGAGGACUCAGGUGCGGUGCGCGUCGCAAAGAAUUUGAAUUAUGAGCGCAAGCCGCGUUAUGUGUUGACCGUGCGCGCUGAAGAUUGUGCCGCCGAUGUCGUGGCUGCAGCCGCACAGCUGCAGUUAGGCGGCAAAGUGGGCACUGUGAGUGGCGCGAGUGUUGUUGGCGGCGGCGGUGGAGGUAGUGGUGUGAGUGGUGGUGUUGGCGGCGGUGUAGCGGUUGUCGGUGCGGCUAAGCAUGCUGUGGAACAGCGUGAGACACGCUACGACACCGCCGAACUGACGAUCAUCAUCAUGGACAUCAAUGACAAUCCGCCCACAUUCCUGCACUCCCCCUAUCUGGCCUAUGUGAUGGAGAACGUUAUACCGCCGAACGGCGGCUAUGUGCUGACAGUGGAGGCCUACGAUGCGGAUACGCCGCCUUUUAACUCGCAAGUGCGCUACUUUCUGAAAGAGGGCGAUACCGAUCUAUUUCGCAUAAAUGCAUCGACAGGCGAAAUAUCAUUGCUGCGGGCAUUGGAUCGUGAGGCGAAGGCUGAGUACACGCUGACGCUGGUCGCCAUGGAUACAGGUUCCCCACCGCUCACCGGCACCGGCAUAGUGCGUGUCAUUGUGCAAGACAUGAAUGAUCACAGUCCGGAGUUUGCGCGUCCCUACUAUUUGGCCAGCGUGCAGGAGAAUCUGCCCGCCGGUACGAAGGUGCUGCAACCCGUGGCCACGGAUAAGGAUAGCGGCGCUAAUGCGAAACUGCGCUUCACGCUGCUCGGCGAGCACAUCGACAGAUUCCAUAUCAAUUCGGAGACAGGCGAAAUCACGACGGCCACCAUGCUGGAUCGCGAGGAGACCGCCGUGUAUUAUCUGACGCUCAUGGCACAAGACAGCUCGGCUACAGAGCCACGCGCCAGCGCCGUCAAUCUGACCAUCACUGUGCUCGAUGUCAACGACAACACACCCAACUUUAAUGCCGCGAGUUUCAAUGUGAACGUGCCCGAUCGCAUAAAGGCGGGUGAAUUUGUGUUUGGCGCACGCGCUACCGACUUAGAUGAUGGCAUCAACGCGCUUAUAACUUACAACAUCAGUGGCAAGGAUAUCGAUAAGUUCACAAUUGACAAGAAGAGUGGCGUGAUUAAGGCGAAGUUGCCGUUAGGUGCGCGCGAGAACACCAGUUUCGACACGAUCUACAGCAUAGUUCUGCAUGCUAUGGAUCAGGGUACGGAGUCCCGAUCGUCUAGCGCCGAUCUCACGGUGUUGAUACGUCCAGGCAUGCUCUUUCCCGUAUUCUCCUCUAUCUCCACUAAGCAAUUCAUGUUAUCGGAGGACGUGCGUGAAGGCAAGGUUAUCACCACUAUCAACGCCGAGUCGCCGAAGAAAUCUGCGGCGGGUAAUAUUAAGUACGCCAUUGCUGGUGGUAACAUCGGUAGAGCGGUACACAUUGAUGCCAACACCGGCGUUGUGACCAUUGGUAAAGAUGGUUUGGACUAUGAAACGGCGCACACUUAUGAGAUAUGGAUUGAAGCUUCAGACUCGGAUCAACCGCGUUUGCGUAGCGUUAUGUUGUUGACUAUCAACGUAACCGAUGCUAAUGAUAAUGCGCCUGUCAUCGAUAAGAUGACCUACUUCGCUGAAAUAUUGGAAGAAGAACCGCCACCGCAAUUUAUUGUAAAGGUCCAUGGCACAGAUCGCGAUUCGGGUGAUAAUGGUGAACUGUCUUAUCGGCUCGCCGAUGACUUUGAGGGCACCUUCGAAAUUGACUCCGAUUCUGGUGAAAUUUACACCACAAUGCGUUUAGAUCGCGAAGAGAUCAGUUCAUAUGAGCUGCUCGUGGAAGCGGUAGACCAAGGUAUGCCACAACUGACUGGUAGCGCAACAGUACAAAUUACGCUCUUGGACAAAAAUGAUAAUCCACCAAAGUUUACACGUCUCUUCUCUGUAAAUGUAACGGAAAAUGCAAAUAUUGGUAGUUUUGUUAUACAAGUGACCUCAUCGGACUUGGACAUUGGUGUAAAUGCGAAUGCCACCUACAGCUUUACUGAGAAUCCAGGUGAGAAAUUUAAGAUCGACGCUAUCAGUGGGAAUGUUACCGUCGCUGGCUACUUGGACCGUGAACAGCAAGACGAGUAUCUGCUGAAAAUCGUCGCUUCAGAUGGCGCUUGGCGCUCUGAAACUCCCAUCACAAUCACCGUACAGGAUCAGAAUGAUAAUGCGCCUGAGUUCGAGCAUAGCUAUUACAGUUUCAACUUCCCCGAACUACAACGCUCAGUCGCUUUUGUGGGACAAGUUAUUGCCACCGAUCGGGAUAAGCAGGGACCGAACUCACUCAUUUCAUAUUCACUACAGCAACCAUCCGAUCUUUUCACCAUCGAUCCGGCAACAGGUGAGAUCUUAAGCAAGCGUACCAUGAAGUAUAAGCAUUCGCAACUGGAAACCUCACCGGAGAAUAUGUACUCGAUGAUCGUAUUGGCCACAGACAAUGGCAAGCCACCGCUAAACUCCGAAUGCUUGGUUAAUAUCAACAUUGUGGACGCCAACAACAAUCCACCGAAGUUCGAGAAGUCCACUUACCUGGCACCAGUUCCUGAGCAAGCAAUGAAUGGACUGCGCUUAAUCAAAGUGCAUGCGGUGGACGCGCUCGACUACGGCGUGAAUGCAGAGAUCGAUUACACACUGGUGAAGAGCAAUGCAUCGGACUACUUCGCAGUUAGUAAGCACGACGGUUGGAUUUCCGUAACGAAGACACUUAAUGUUAAGGCGAAUACCGUGUUUUUGAUCACAGUACGCGCCACUGAUCGUGGCGUACCACCGCUGGCGGACGAAACGCGUGUUACCAUCAUUGUGACUGGUGAAAACAAACACGCACCAAAGAUCAACGCGCUCAGUCAUCAAGUUAUUGUGCCUGAAAACGAACCAAUUGGCUCAACAAUACUCACUGUUACCGCCUCAGAUAAGGACGAGGGACCAAAUGGCAUGCUAACAUACUACUUUUCGGGCGGUAACGAACGCAAAGAGUUCAAUAUGAACAAAGACACGGGCGCUGUGACUAUUUUGAAACCUUUGGAUUACGAUUUUAUACAGGAGUACUACUUGAAUAUAACCGUUGAGGAUUUGGGUUUCAAACCUAAGAAGGCGAUUGCCAUGCUCACAGUUAUAGUGACUGACAUCAAUGACAACCCACCGCUGUUUAAUCAAUCGGAAUAUCAUGCCUUCAUACCGGAAAAUCGCCCACCAAAUACGUUUGUCUUCAAGGCACACGCAACUGAUAAGGACUCGCCGAAGAACGCAAUCAUACGUUAUACGAUCACCAGCGGUACGGGUAAAAAUCUCUUCAAGAUCAAUCCGAACACCGGCGAGAUUGUCUCCACAGUGUCUUUUGAUUAUGAAGAGCGACGCGAUUAUAAUUUGCAGAUUAUGGCUGCUAAUCCGGAUUCGCCUAUGCACAGCACUGCAAUGGUGAUCGUGCAUAUUACAGGCAUCAAUGAAUAUUAUCCACAGUUUGUGCAGCCUGUCUUCCACUUUGAUGUGUCCGAGUCGGCCGAGGUUGGUACCUCUGUUGGUUCCAUACAAGCUACAGACAAAGAUGCGGGCGAAGAUGGUAAAAUCUAUUACCUGUUAGUGGGUUCCAGUAAUGACAAGGGCUUCUCCAUCAAUGCCAUGACCGGUAUUAUGUACGUAUCACGUCAUCUUGAUCGCGAGACACAGAAUCGUGUCGUACUCACUGUUAUGGCAAAGAAUUAUGGCGGUAUACGUGGUAAUGACACUGAUGAAGCGCAAGUCAUCAUCUCCAUACAGGAUGGUAAUGAUCCACCAGAGUUCUUGAAAUCACUCUACACCACACGCAUAUCAGAAGCUGCGCCAGUGGGCACAAAGGUCACUAGCGUCAAGGCUGUCGACAAAGAUGUACGCCUACAAAAUAAUCAAUUCAGCUACUCUAUAAUCAAUGGCAAUUUGAACCAAACAUUCAAAAUUGAUUCACAGAGUGGUGAUAUUGAGACCGCACGCGCUUUGGACCGUGAAACUGUGGAUACAUUCAAUUUGGUUGUGGGCGCAAUCGAUACAGGCGUACCGCCGCAAACUGGCACAACUACGGUUAAAAUCGACCUAGAGGAUGUCAAUGAUAACGGUCCAACAUUUGAACCCAAUGGUCUAAUUGGUUAUAUAUCUGAAAAUGAACCGCCUGGCACCUCGAUUAUGACAUUAUCUGCGUCUGAUCCUGAUCUUCCACCAAAUGGUGAGCCCUUCACUUACUACCUCGUUGGUGGUAAGCAUAAAACAUUCCUUACAAUCGAGAAAGACUCGGGUGUUGUAAAAUCCACAAAGAGUUAUGACCGCGAAACAACACCAACUCUGGAAGUUGCGAUAGAGGUGGAAGAUAACGGCGAACCAAAACAGCGCGCACAACAUGUGCUUACGAUCAAAGUGCUAGACCAGAAUGACAGUCCAUCCUCGCCACGCAUGGUCCACGUGUUGCUCAACACAUUCAACAACGAAAUUCCCAUCGGCAAAAUAGCGGAUGUACACCCGAAUGAUCCCGAUAUAACUGGCGAUUAUAGAUGUAAAGUUUUGGCAAAUGCGCAGUCGAGUCCAUUAGGCAUACUCACGAUACCAAGCGCUUGUGACCUGUACACCACGCAGAAGACCACCGUCAACGGCUACUCAUACACCGUCUCUGGCAAUGAUGGUAAACAUAAUGACGUUGUGUCCACGGUCACUGUGGGCUUCCAAAACUUCGACAGUGACUCAGUAGAUCAAUCCAUUACUAUAUUGGUGCGUGAAAUGACAGCCGAGUUCUUCCUAGCCACGCAUUAUCGUAACUUCGUCGAAUUACUCAAAUCGGCUAUUGAUUCCAGUGAUGAACUCAAAUUGUACAGCAUACGCAAUACAGACGAAGAAGACGGUGACUUAGAGCUCAUACUGGCGGUACGUAGCUCCAACUUAUCCUAUCGUACACCGCGUUACAUCAUCGAGCGUGUGAGUAAAAAACGUGAUUCGAUUGAACGUUUGUUGCAAGCAACCGGCGGCGUGAUUAUCGGCUACAGUCCUUGCACUUCGGCUACGACCGGUGCAUGCGAAAACGGUGGCAUGUGCUCGGCAGAGAUACAAGUGCACGACUACAUGCACUCACUGAAUAUUAUAGACAGCCAGUCAUUAAUUUUCAGUGGUCCACGUGUUUCACACGAUUAUAGCUGUAAGUGCCCCGACGGUUUCACCGGUCAGCAGUGCGACAAGCAACAAGAUCCAUGCUCACCAAAUCCCUGCGAAGCGAAUGCGCAAUGUCGUCGCAUCGCCUAUGACUUUCAGUGUAUUUGUCCGCCAAAUCGAGAGGGUAAAAACUGUCAGCUACACCGUGGAGACGUGUGUACGAGUAACCCGUGUCGUAAUGGCGGCUCCUGCAUGCACAGUCCAGAUGGCGCAUCCUUCUUCUGUCUCUGUCGGCCGGGUUAUCGCGGCAAUCAAUGCGAACAUGUGUCCGAUUCAUGUCGCCCAAAUCCCUGUUUGCAUGGUGGGCAAUGUGUCAGUUUGAAACCAGGUUACAAGUGCAGUUGCGUUGACGGGCGCUAUGGACGGCAUUGCGAGCGUGCAACAUUUGGUUUUCAGGAGCUUUCUUACAUGUCGUUUCCAGCUUUGGACGCAGCAACUAAUGACAUUUCAAUCAUAUUCGCUACCACUAAACCGGACGGUUUAUUGCUCUACAACUAUGGCAUGCAAACUGGUGGACGUUCGGACUUCGUGGCUAUAGAAGUUGUGAAGGGAAAAGCUUUCUUCUCUUUUGGUGGUACGCGUACAGCAAUAACAACGGUAGUCGUGGGUGCCAAUAGCAUGGACAGUUUGGCUGAUGGCAAAUGGCACAAGGUCACUGCUACACGCAAUGGGCGUGUCAUGUCUCUGAGCGUUGCCAAGUGCUCGGAAAAUGGUGAUGUAUGUGAGGAAUGCCGACCUGGCGAUGUCAGCUGCUAUGCGCAGGACGUCGGACCUAUUGGUACCUUGAACUUCAACAAACAACCACUACUUAUUGGUGGUCUGGCAACGGCGGACCCGGUGCUGGAGCGUCCGGGACAGAUACAUUCGGAUGAUCUCGUUGGUUGCGUGCACAGUGUGUCCGUAAAUGGACGUCCUUUAAAUAUGAGCAAUCCACUCAAACAGCGUGACGUGCUGCCCACCUGCAAUCGCAACAACAAUGGUGGUCCAUGCCAACAGAGUGCGCCCAAUGAUCCAGCGCUAUCACUUUGUGGUGAUUAUGGCACCUGCAUGGAUCGCUGGCAUACAGCAAUGUGUCAGUGUGGCGCCAGUUUGCUUUCGCCAGAUUGCUUUAGCUCCUUGGAGCCAAUUACCGUUACGAAUGGUGCCUUCGUGGAAUUCAAAAUAUCGGAGAAGCAUCGUCGCAUGCAGCUGCUAGACAAUUUGUAUGCCGCCAGUAAUAUAUGGUCGUAUGACGUCUCACGUCGCAGACGAUUUACCGUUAAUAGUGACAACAUCACCGCUUUGGCGCAGGUUGUGGAUUUACCAAAAACCGUUAGUGUCAUCUUCCGCACCUACAAAGAAGACGGUUUGCUGCUCUUCGCCGCAACGAAUAAGCAAUACACGGCAGUGGAGCUGAAAGCUGGAAAGUUAGUCUAUUAUUCCAAGCAGAACAGCGUGGUGAAUAUGACCAUACAGAAGCCGGACAAAUUGAAUGACGGAAAGUGGCAUAAUCUUACCUUGUACACAUCGAACCGUGUCCUACGUUUGCUGAUUGAUAGCAACAAAGUUGGUGAAGAACUUGACACGGCUGGUGUACAUGACUUCCUCGAUCCAUAUUUAACGGUACUUUCUAUAGCUGGCGUGCGACGCGAACAUUAUCCACAGGAUAAUAUACCCAGCAGCUAUGAGGGCUGCAUUGCCAACUUUACAAUCAACAACGAAGUGCAACCGUUUAAUGGCUCGGGUAGCGUCUUCACCAAUGUCUUGAUACGCGGCAAGGUGACGUUCGGCUGUAAUGGUGAUUUGGGCAUUGGCGCGGCGCAAGCUUCCGAUCCCGUCAGUAUCGGUAUCACACUUGUCAUUGUCUUCUUUGUCAUACUGGUUGUUGCCAUUUUGGGUUCCUACGUAAUUUACCGUUUCCGUGGCAAGCAAGAGAAGAUUGGUAGUCUAAGUUGCGGUGUACCAGGUUUUAAAUUGAAACAUAGUGGCGGUUCUGCGACAUCCCAAAAUCAAGCAGAUCAUGUAUUGUCCCGGGGUAGAGGUGUGCAUGCCGGCGAUGGUCCAGUGAGCUAUCAUGUAGACAGUGGUGACCUGAUACGCGGUGUAGGCGGUCAUCACAUGGUCGGUCCCGAAUUGAUUUCGAAGAAGUUUAAGGAACGUGAAAUUAACUCUAACGAACACCAACAACAACGACCGCAGCGCCCGGAUAUAAUCGAAAGAGAGGUGGUUAGCAAGAGCCCGCCAUUGCGAGAUGAACAUCACCCACCGAUACCGCCACCCAGCCAAGCGCAUCAUCCGCACGAUCAUGCCAGUUCUGUUGACUUGGGUUCAGAGUAUCCAGAGCACUACGACUUGGAAAACGCCAGUUCAAUAGCGCCAUCUGACAUUGACAUCGUCUAUCAUUACAAGGGUUAUCGAGAGGCGGGUGGCGUACGCAAAUACAAAGCUACACCAGCACCGGUGGCAUCGUACACACAUCACAAACACCAAGCCACAGCCGCACAACAGCAGCACCGGCAUUCACCACGUCACGGCAUCGGUGUUGGUGGACCAUUCGUGCCACGUGUGCCGCCACAAACUAGUCAACCACCACCACCCUCAAGUACACCACGUCCACAUCAAAGCACACCAUUGGCGCGCCUGUCGCCCAGCUCCGAGUUGAGUUCACAGCAGCCUCGCAUACUAACACUGCACGAUAUCUCCGGUAAACCGUUGCAAAGCGCGCUGCUCGCCACCACCUCCAGUUCGGGUGGCGUCGGCAAGGAUGCGCUACAUAGCAAUAGCGAACGUAGUCUAAAUAGUCCAGUUAUGUCACAACUAUCCGGACAGAGUUCGAGCGCCAGCAGACAAAAACCAGGUGUUUCCGCGCAGUCGCCAGCACAAGCGCCCAUUGGCCUCACAGCGGAAGAGAUCGAGCGCUUAAACGUAAGACCGCGUACAUCGAGUUUAGUCUCAACACUGGACGCCGUCUCAUCCAGUAGCGAAGCACCACGUGUGCCCGGUGGCGCGCAUCACAUAGCGCUCGGCGGGGGUCUACACAAUGCUGACGUCGAUGCGCACAGCUCCUCGUCAACGGAUGAGAGCGGCAACGAUAGUUUCACUUGCUCGGAAAUCGAGUAUGAUAACAACAGUCUCAACGGUGAUGCCAAGUAUACCACCAGCAAAGCGGUGCCCGACGAUCGCACCGAUCGCAAUGCAGUAGGACGUGCAAUGAGCGGUGAUGGCGUGGGUCCAAGCAUGGGUAAAGUACCGCCGAUGCCGCCGCACUCAUACGAUGGUUUCGACUCGUCCUUUCGUGGCUCACUCAGCACUCUAGUCGCCAGCGAUGAUGACAUCUCAACACGCAUGGGCGGCAUCUAUCGACAACUCAACGGGCCGGGUUCGCCAUCGCAACCGAGCUUGGGUUGGAACUAUCUGCUCAACUGGGGACCAAAUUUCGAAAGCUUGAUGGGCGUCAUCAAAGACAUCACCGAGCUGCCAGAUGCGGUGGGCGAGCAACAGCAGCUGCAAUCGACGAUGUGUAUGCCUGGAAAUACGCCGAAGAACUCCGAGGAAUAUGUAUAGUAACGUUUGCAAGUAGCAAGUAGUUUAAGCAUAGAGUUUCCUGUCAGCAUAAAGCGUAGUGAGGGAAAAGCUAAAUACGUGAUUUAGUGUAUUUAUGUAGUUUUAGUUUUGUAGUUUACUUAGAAUCUCUGCCAUUCACUAGGACUUUCAGAACAAAGCGCUGACUCGUGACACUCUUUACGUCUGACUGAAUGCCAUGUCUGUAUAAGCGGCUCGUAUAAAUUUAUGAUUUGCAGCCGAAAUUAAUAUUAAUUUUUAAACAAGUUUAGUGUCUUCCAAUGGGCUCAUAGUAUAAAGUAUUCAUUAGAGUGGAGUAUACUUGGCUACAAACUGAGUCUUUGACUAAGUGUAAUGUACAGCAAAUAUUUAUAAAUUAUUUUUAACGCAUUCAUUCUUUACUCCUACUGCCAAAUAUUCGCGUGAGAAUUCAUCUGUAUACAUCAUUUAAUGCCUCAGUCUAAUUAGCGUUUAGUUUAAGCAGCUCAUUCGGACCACACCCACA